AUGCUGCCGCCGUGUUGGCUGUUUGUAGAAAAACCUAAUGGAGUGGAAUUUAUGCGCAUGGAUACAACUACUAAGCAAAUCAAAAACCAUAUACGUCUAAACAAAGAUUUAUCAAUUACUGUUAUUUUUCCUAAUAAUGAUGAAUAUUCUCUAAAAGAGAAACUUAAGUCGCUUAAUAAACUCUACAAUUACUUAAAAUCUGUGGAAAGGUGGCCAUUAUGUGUUGGGACUCAAAUGGACAACAACAAGUAUUCGGAAAUUUGUAAAGGUGUAGUUGUUGGUGAUGAUACUUACAAAAGAUAUCGACAAAAUGCACGAUACAUAUUGAACACUGAACAAGGCGAAGAGAUGGAAGAAGGGCAGGAGGAGUGGCUCAGUGAAGACGUACUAACCGAUGAAGACUACAACCCCACUGCAGAAAAUGAGCAGAGUGACUAUGCCAACAUGAGCCACGAAGACACAAUGCCCAGCAUGAAUGACUCCAUGGAUAACCACAACCACUACCAUGACACCGGAGAUUCUAACGCACAAGAUGGCCAUGAGAACGAUCCAGAGGGUAACAUAGAGGAGGCUCUUAACAACUUGGAAACUUCACAGGACAAGGAAUUCCCCGAGGAACUGGGUGCGUUUCUUAUCAGGAAGACGGAUGGCAGGAUGGUACAGAAGGAGCAAACUAAGCAGCAGGAAGAAAGGCAGAGUGAGGCGGACCAGGGAGAAAAGCACUCGGACGAUGAUGGUCACGACACGGAUGAAUUGCUGAGGAUGUUAGGCGAUGACGGCAUCAGAAGCAAGAAGAAGCAGGUGCUGAGGAGCGUCAGAGAGAGGAGAAGGGAGGAGUCCAGCGAUGAUGAGGACGACGAUGACGAGUACAUAUUCGAGGAGAUGCCUUCUUCAGAAUCCGAAGACCUGGACGAGUGGUUCACCCUGGACAUCAGGGCGGAGCGAGCUGGUGACUACCUACCCCUUUUAGGCGAGGGGGCGCGGCGCAUGCUGGGCGCGGAGCGGCAACGCGUCGGCGCUUAUAAUUAUAAUUUAUUCGGCGCAGGCGAGGGGGCGCGGCGCAUGCUGGGCGCGGAGCGGCAACGCGUCGGCGCGCGUCUCGCCACGCUCCGCCAGAGCCUCUCGGCGCUGACGGAGAGCGGCCGCCAGCAGGCGGAGCAGCUGCGCGCCGCCACCGCCACGCUGGCCGAGCUCGACGCCGCUCUCAAGGCGGCG